AUGGUUUCAUACAGACUGAAUGGGCAAGUCAUAUCACUCGAGCUGCCUGAUGCAACCAAGAAAGAGAUGGACUUUUCGCGCACCUCCUUCUUUGCUGCCGACCCAGGCCGACAACUGCCAGCACCAUCUGAAAUACUAGCCCUAUCAAGCGAUGCGCAUCAAAUAGCUCAGCCAAAGCCGGUGAUAAUUGAAGACCUUAAUCUGGUUGUCAAGUUCGGACCCUAUGUAACCGCUGCCGAAGCCUUGAAUCCCUGGAUGAUCCGACAUGUAUUCCAUGAGAAAGUCCCGGUGCCCGAGGUCUUUGGUUGGCGAGUCGAUGGUCAAGGCUUCGGAUUUAUAUACAUGGAGCUGAUACGCGGACUGACGGUCUCCGAUUGCUACAGCACUCUGACUGAUGCCGAAAAACAAGCAAUCGCUGAUCAACUGCGCGAGAUACUGGAUACUUUGCGCCAGCUCAGGCAAGACCCUGCGGACCAGUUUGUUGGAUCAAUCACACGACAACAUCUUUUUGAUUAUGUAUUGCAAUGUCAGCCGAGGAGUGGUCCUUUCUUGAGUGUCGAGGCAUUCAAUGACUGGUUCGCUUUACUACAUCAAUUGCGUUUCGAGCACAGAUACGAGGAUCCAAAUCGGUGCCUGCUGCCAGACGCCGGAGAUAUAACUUUUACUCACGCGGACCUGAACAGGGGAAACAUAAUUCUUUCCUCUCGCAGCCCGCUUCGAAUCACCCUUGUUGACUUCUCUCAUACAAAGAUGAAUGGCGCAUUAACUUUGUUGAUUGCUUUCUUAACCCAGAGCCUGAUGUUUUCCUGA